CAAGGGUGCGGAAGCUUCCGUUUUCAAAUGUAUAUUUCUUGCUUUCCUGACAGACGCGUUCGUCAAUUUUUCUUCUUCAUCGAUCGGAACGCGGGAUCGGCCGGUUUGUUCUUGUCAAUCAAUAGGUAGGGUGUGUAGAUAUGGCGAGCGGGUUUGGGGAAUCAACAAGUAGGCAACCUCAAAGCCCUUCGUGUUCCGACAACAAUGGUGAUGCUAGUAAUUUUGAGUGUAAUAUUUGCCUGGAUUUAGCUCAAGAUCCUAUUGUAACCCUAUGUGGUCAUCUUUUUUGUUGGCCAUGCCUUUACAAGUGGCUGCACAUUCAUUCCCAUCCCCAGGAAUGUCCAGUUUGUAAAGCUAUGAUAGAAGAGCAAAAAUUGGUUCCCUUAUAUGGUAGGGGAAAGACAUCGACUGACCCGAGAUCGAAAAGUAUUCCGGGAGUUAAUAUUCCUAAUCGUCCUGCGGGACAGAGGCCAGAAGCAGCAGGCCCUCCCCCAGAGCCAAAUCCUUUUGCUCACAAUGGAUUUGGAUUCAUGGGAGGUCUUGGAGGGUUUGCUCCAAUGGCAUCAACAAGGUUUGGUAAUUUCACAUUGUCUGCGGCCUUUGGUGGUCUUGUCCCAUCUUUGUUCAACUUUCAGAUGCAUGGAUAUGCAGAUCCAAGCAUGUAUGGUGCAGGUGCGAACUUUCCAUAUGGGUUUCCUAACAUGUUUCAUGGUAGCCAUGGCCAUGGCCAUGCUCAUGCUCAUGGAUACUAUCACCAUCUCCGUCAAGGUCAGCAAGAUUACUACCUGAAGCGGCUGCUUUUUUUUAUUGGUUUCUGUGUUCUUCUUGCCCUAAUCUGGCAAUAGAUCAAAGGGUCCAUUAGGGCAUAUAUUAUUGCUUUGUGGUGUUUAGUGUAUUCAAUCUCUAAUGUAAGAAUUAUAGAAGUGAAAAAAUCUGAUGGUACAUUGUCUUGCUAUCUCAUCAUUGUUGAAAUGAACAUCAACUUUUGUAUACUUAGCACGAUGAACGUUAGCUGACGUGCUUAUGCAAUUGUAUUCGAAGGUUUCGAUUUAUUCACAUCUAUAUAUACUAUAUUUACAUGCUGACCC